GGCCAAGUCAUUGUUGGGCUGUCUAAAUAAGGCUCUAUUAAUGGCCGGCUCUGGCCGCAGUCCCAACGUCCCCGGGCGGCCCGCCGAGGGGCGGACACAGAGCGUACUAUAAAGCAGCGGCGGCACCCGCUGGGGCACUGCGGAGCCUAGGGCGGCGGCGGAGCACGAUGGAGAUCCCGGUGCCUGUGCAGCCGUCUUGGCUGCGCCGCGCCUCGGCCCCGUUACCCGGGCUUUCGGCACCCGGGCGCCUCUUCGACCAGCGCUUCGGCGAGGGGCUGCUGGAGGCCGAGCUGGCUGCGCUCUGCCCCGCCGCGCUGGCCCCCUACUACUUGCGCGCACCCAGCGUGGCGCUGCCUACCGCCCAGGUAUCGACCGACCCCGGGCAUUUCUCGGUGCUGCUGGAUGUGAAGCACUUCUCACCGGAGGAAAUCGCCGUCAAGGUGGUUGGCGACCACGUGGAGGUGCACGCGCGCCACGAGGAGCGCCCGGUGAGCCCGUUGGCGGGGGCGGGGCCAGAACAAGAUGAGCACGGAUACAUCGCGCGCGAGUUUCACCGCCGCUACCGCUUGCCGCCUGGCGUGGACCCUGCGGCCGUGACGUCCGCGCUGUCCCCUGAGGGCGUCCUUUCCAUCCAGGCCGCACCUGCUCCGGCCCAGGCUCCACUGCCGUCGCCGCCGGCGGCUGCCGCCAAGCAGGAGCCAGGGCACGCUUGAACCCUGGAAGCCGCCUGAGGCCCCUCCACCGCACUUUUAAAGCCGACCUGACUCCGCCCAGCCAGAUAUCCCGAGCGCGCCAAGACUACCCGCCCACCCAAUCUGGGAUCUGCCUUGAACCUUCCAACCUAGACUCAGCCUUGAUAACCUAGACCUUUCCACUGACACUCCCUCUCUCACACACUCUCCUGUUUUCAAACCUCCCGACACCUCUCUGGCUUCCAGACCCUACAAGCACAAUCUCUCAGCCUACAGUCUCCCAUCCCCACUGACCCCGCUUGGCAUAGAACCCCACUCCACAAACUCCCUAUUUCCUUCUGACUUCUCUAGGAAAACAUCUCCACACCCCGUUUCAAUCCCCCCCACCCAAGAUUAUGGUGUAGACAGACCUGCCCCCACCCUAGGCCUAGGCCAAUCAAGCAUAAGCCCCCACUUCCCCUCAAAUGUCCCAGACUCUGCACAGACCUCCCACCCUGGACCUUCCUGGCCUGGUCCCCAAGACUCUGGGUCCUUCCCCUCAUUCCAACCAGAUACUCCACUUCUCCUCACUCUCUCCCCCCAACCCAUCUUCUAACUUGAAACCUCAGCCAGCCACCCCCAUACUCUUGAACCCCUUUUCUGACCCCCACCCUUGUACACCUAUUCUAGGCCAACCAGGACCCUCAACCUCACACUGUACAGAUACCCACCCCAUCUCCUCAGACUCUGCACGGAUGUCCUAGGCCCCUAUGCCCAGCUCUAACCAGAACCCCCCAGUCACUGUCUUGACCCCCAAGUCUCCAACCACAUAACCACCUUCCACACCCCUCCCCUUAUUCUCCAAGACCCAACCAAGCAGCCAUUUUCUUUGAUUCCCCACAAUCUUUCUCUCGCCUCAAAUUCCCUGAUGCCCCGUCUCCUCACUCCCCCAAUAAAUGUGCUAGAGCUGUG